AUGGCUGCCAUAACCUCGUUCGGAAAUCUGUCUGUGAAGCUGCAAAGCAAAGCCUUCAUUGGCCAGAGGCUUAGAAGUACUGCAUUUCCGACUUGUCAGGUCUCGCAUGGCCGGCCAGCGUCGUUGGCGGUGAGAGCUGAGGCAGCGGACGGCGAGCGGAAGAAGACGGGCGCCGAGCUGCGAGAGGAGUUCUUUUUGGCGGCCGCCACUGGCAAGGAGAGAGGUCUGCCCGAGGGCGCGUUUCUGAACGACAAUGUGGUGGACGGGCCCAUGGUGGACAUCACGUGGGAGCCGUACGGCGACACCUGCAGCGCGCUGGUGAGUGCUUACAACGCCACCUAUUUUUCGUUUCGUGGGGCGUUUGGCAAGGAGGGAGCGAGCGACAUUGACGGCACCGUCGCUAGCGUAUCGGACAACAGACGUCAGAUCCGAGAAAUUCUUGCCAGUUCCGCUUCACCUGACGCCGACGUGAGCGCGGGAAUGGGCGUGGGAGGGUGCGACUUCCUGCAGUCAGGCUGCGAAUCCGACUGUCCGAUAUGCGCAUCCGCGGGUGCAGGAGGGCGCUCGAGCGAUGUCGAGUCCCCGCCGUGCCUGAUUGGCCUCACCACCGCCGCUCAAUUCGCGCGCAAGGACGCCACGCUGCUUGCCAGGGGGUUCUGGUCGCUGGACUCGAGGGCGCGCGAGGACGUGGCGCUGCUGGGAUCCAAGUUCCUCACGCUCGACGCUCGGGCGCGCGAGGACGCGGGGGUGCUGGAUGCGCGCGCACGGCUGCGAGUCAGGCGCCUGCGACACCUGGCGCUGGGGUUGGAGGAGAGUGCGCGCGAGGAGCUGAGUCGCCAGGCCGCGCAGCACUGGCGAGAUGGCGCCCUCGCGGCGGAUCUGCGUCUUGCUGACAUGCGCAUGAGGCGGCGAGGGCUAGAAGACGUCUUCCUGGCUCUGCAGGUGGUGAAGAGCCUUCACUCCGCUAUAGUCACACUGCUUCGCCCCGACGUCCUCCCCUCUACUGCCCCUUCCACGCCUGCUUCCACACCCUCCAACACUCCUGCUAACACCACAAGAAGAAGUAGCACUCCUCUGCACCCAUCGGCACCCCUUCAAGACAGUUCAGCUGCAUCCAUCCCAUCCACCAGUCAAGCCUCCAUGCCACCGUCCUCCUCACAACCGCUUCCUGUAAUGGACUCUCAAAGUGAAGGUGCAGAAGGGAGUAGAGUGGAGGAGGAUGGGGAGCAGAGGAGGUCUGUGAGCACGAAUCCCCUUACGCCACGUCACCAGCAGCAUCCACUAUCCACACUGUCGUUCAAGACGCUUGCUGCACUUGACGAGCUCUACCGAGAGAUUGGCCCGCACUCCCUCACACCAGUGGAGGGGGAGGAGGACGGGGAGGAGGAGGAGUGGGGAGUGCUGGGAGUGGGGGGCGACGACAGCACCACAGAGGAGCUGGGCUUCCUGCUGGCAGCGCUGGUGGACAUGGGCGAGGUGAGCAGCAGCUACGGCCUGGCUCUGCUGCACCGCUGCUGCGACUCCCCCCACGCGGCGCUGCGCCUCACGGCUGUUGACGCCCUCUCCAGCGCGCCCUCCCUCUCCGCCCUCGGGAAUGCCGGCUGCGCUGUGCUGCAGACGCUGUCAAAAGAUGCCGAUCCGGAGGUGGCAGAAGCAGCAGCCAUGGCGAUUACACAGCUGCAGGAGAAAUGGCAGCAGCAGCAGCAGGAGCAGCAACAGGAGGAGGAGGAAGCAGGCACUAGUGCGCCUGCUGCCCUGUCGUUGGAGCAGGCAUUCAGUCGUGCCGCUGCCAAGUGGCAACACGCCGGCUCCGGUGGUGCCACUGAUGACGAGCAAGCAGAUGAGAGCACAGACGGCGGUGUGGAUAGCAGUGCGGAUGGUGACACGGCGCAGUGGCGGAGCGAGCGACGGUGGUGCGCGGAGUGGGUUGGGGCGCGGGGAGGCAUGGCGGACGACGAGGUGGUGGAGGUGCGCGGAGCGGAGGGCGAUGAGCAGGGCGAGGUGAGGGACGGCGCAAGCGAUUACGAGGACUACGGCGACGAUGACGUGGAUGAUGACGUGGAUGAGGAGGAGGACGAGGCGGAGGAGGAGGAGGUGGAGGAGGACACGCAAGGGGGGGUUGAGGAGGAGGAGGAAGUACAAGAGGCGGACACCCCGCGAGGCCGCGACAGCCAGUACAAGGCGAGUCGCUGCCUCCCGUAA